CGUCUAGCGGAAGUGGAAAAACUCCCAAAAAAUAUGCGAAGUUGCACAAUAACUUUUAACGCUGGCUUCGUUGAGUAAUAUGGAUGGUGGUCAUCCAAUCCCAGCAUUUGAAGAAGAAGCGCUUCAUAUAUCAGUUGACACCAAUGACAAAGUACACGUUGUGACCAAACCCAGUUUACCAAAGUCACCAAACGUUAGUCACGCGAGUUACAGAUCAAGAGCAGGGGAGGAAGAAGACAGUGUUAUAUCCUCAACUAUCGCUUCUACUGCCUCUAACACUAUCUUAAGUCAUGCUGACAGUACUGAUUCCAGUGGCGUCUCUGAGACUUGGCACAUGCUUGGAGUGCCACAGAACUGCGAAAGUAGAUUAUCGCAGACAUCGGUAAUGGGUGAUGAGGACGAGAAGAUUGUUGUGUUUGUGGAUACUCCAAACAAGAAAUUGUUCUGUCGACUUUGUGGCCAUGUGUUUAAAGAUCCUGUUAUUGUUACUUGCGGCCAUACCUACUGCCGAAGAUGUGUUAGUCAUAGAUCAGAAGAAACCUGCCCGGUCGACAGUCACAGCUUAGGGGUUGUUGUCGCAAAUAUUGCAGUUUCUGAGCAAAUUGGAGAGAUGAUGAUUCACUGUAAAUAUGGUUGCCAACUUGCAGAAGAUGGACAAACAUACAUUGUUAAUCCUUCAGCCUGUCCAGUCACUGUGAAAAUAGCAAAUAGACGAGACCACGAAGAGGAUUGUGAUUUUAUGCCAGUUGAAUGCCCAAAUAAUGCUGGAUGUCCUACACUGCUGAAGAAAGACCUUGAAGAUCAUUUAAAGCAUUGCAGUAAUGUAAGGUGCCCUCAUCAAAAAUACAGCUGUGAUUUUGCUGGAACUCAGGAGGAGCUUGAUGAACAUUUGAAAGUUUGCAAGUUUGAAAGCAUGAAGGAAUUUCUUCAGCGCACUGAUGAAAAGAUAGCAGAUUUAACUUUUACGCUGCAUUCGAAGGACCAAGAAAUAGGUUUCCUUAGAUCUAUGCUUGGUAAACUUUCAGAGAAGGUUGAGACAUUAGAAAAAGUCACUGAGGUCAAAGUUCAACUGCUGGAACAUAAUCAAAGUAAAAUCAUGGAUGAGAUAGUAGACUCCAGGAGAGAAUAUGCUGUAAUUGCUGAUGAGUUAUCACAUAUCAAUACCUAUUUAAACCUCGGAACAAUGUCCAUGGGAGUUUAUGACCCACAACAGAUGUUCAAAUGUCGAGGAACUUUUGUUGGACAUCAAGGUCCAGUGUGGUGUUUAUGUGCAUUUGGUGAUUAUUUAUUCAGUGGGUCUUCAGACAAAACUAUAAAGAUAUGGGACACUGGUAGCACUUACAAGUGUUUGAAAACUUUAGAAGGCCAUACAGGAAUAGUUCUUGCUUUAUGUACUUACGGUAACAAACUAUACAGUGGAUCGCAAGACUGCAAUAUUAUUAUGUGGAAUAUUGACAAUGACUUUGACAAAUUGAAAGUUAUAGAAGCUCAUGAUAAUCCUGUGUGCACCUUAGCCUCGGCCAGAAACAUGCUCUUCAGCGGUUCUCUUAAAGUAAUCAAAGUAUGGGAUGUACAUACACAUGAGUUGAAAUGUCAGUUAACUGGCCUUAACCACUGGGUGAGAGCUCUUGUUGCAACACAAAAUCUACUCUACAGCGGGUCAUAUCAAACUAUAAAGGUCUGGGAUUUGGAAAAUCUGGAGUGUGUACGCGAGUUGGAGACCUCUGGAGGAAGUGUAUACAGCAUUGCUCUAACAAAUCAUCAUGUUCUAUGUGGUACUUACGAAAAUAUAAUACAUGUAUGGGAUAUAGGUACCCAACAGCAAGUUACCACUUUGAGAGGUCAUUCAGGUACAGUGUAUGCAUUGGCAGCUUGUAACACAGCUGCCGGAACUAAAGUGUUUAGUGCCUCGUAUGAUAGGUCUCUGAGAGUAUGGAGUAUGGAAAAUAUGGUAUGCUCUCAAACACUUGUUCGACAUCAGGGAAGUGUUGCAAGCUUGGCGGUAUCCAGAGGACGGGUUUUCUCAGGAGCUGUUGACAGUACAGUGAAGGUGUGGCAAGCUUAAUAGGUUAAAACUUACGAAAAGUCUGGCAUCUGCAAU